AUGAAGAUCCUCUACCUGCUCUUCGCUGUCUUCCUCCUCCUCUUCCAGGCUACUUCAGGUUCUGCAGACCCUCUUUUUGCUGACACCGUCGAGUGCCGGACCCAGGGAAAAUUCUGCCGUGCCGGGGCGUGCCCACCCACCUUCGCUGCCACGGGGACAUGCCACGGGGGGCUGCUGAACUGCUGCUCCAAGUGA